AUGUCCAAAGUCCUCCGAAGCCGUCGCCCCACAACCGGGCCCGACGCCGGGAAGGCAUCGCCGCAGCGGACCUUCAUGUCUCUACCAACAGAAAUACAUCUCGCCAUAUCCGAUUUCCUCAUCUACCCAGAUGCACUAUCUUUAAAACACACCAGCGCCUAUUUCUAUAGUCUGGUCGACACUGGUAUCAACCUCAAAGUGGAAUGGCUAGUGGAACGACGAAGCCUCCAUCUAGAAUGCCCCAACGACCGACGGUGCGAUCUCGGUAGUGAUCUGCGUUUCUGUCGCGGGAGUGUACCGUAA